AUGGGGAACACAAAAGAGGAAGUGAUAGAUGACUUCUGCUUUGCCAGUCGGAAAAGUUGUCCCAGAAGUGAUGUUGGAGUGGGAAUUUUGAUGAAUUUUAGCAGCUCACUGAUUAGACAAGGGACAGAUCGAACAUUAACAGGCAGUGGUGACAGAUGUGAAAAUCUGUGUGGAAGUUGUACAAGGGAAAAUGGACAGAAGUGCCUGGGAGGUAGAAAAGAGACCCGGCAGCAGGUCGGCGACGAGGCGCGCGCGCUGCCCGACGCCGGCAAGUUCGCGGACGGGCAGCUGGUCAGCCAGAAGAGCGACUCGUCCAGGGACAUCCGCGGCGACCGGAUCACCUGGGUCGAGGGCAAGGAGCCCGGCUGCGAGACCAUCGGGCUGCUCGUGAGCAGCAUGGACGACCUGAUCCGCCACUGCGACGGGAAGCUGGGCAACUGCAAGGUCAACGGCCGGGCGAAAGCCGUGGUUGCUCGUUAUCCGGGCAGUGGAACAGGUUAUGUGCGUCAUGCUGAUAAUCCAGAUGGAGAUGGAAGGUGUGUGACCUGUAUAUAUUAUCUUAACAAAGACUGGGAUGCCAAGGUAAGUGGAGGUAUACUUCGGAUUUUUCCAGAAGGCAAAGCCCAGUUUGCUGACAUCGAACCUAAAGUUGAUAGACUGCUGUUUUUCUGGUCUGACCGUCGCAACCCUCAUGAAGUACAACCAGCAUAUGCUACCAGGUGAAAAAGGUGUGAGGGUUGAGCUCGAUAAACCUUCUGAUUCAGUCAGUAAAGACGUCUUAUAGAGCCUUUGAACCAGCAAUACUCCCACUUCACCUACAGUAAUUGUUGAUGCUAUGUGUUGACUUGUGAAUACAAAUAAAUGGGAUAAAGAAACAAUAGAGAGCCAACUGACAUUUUAAUAAGAAAACAGAAACAACUUUUUGUGUGUUGCAUCAAACAGAAAAUUUGACUGCUGUGACUUUGUACUGCAUGAUCGACUUCAAAUCUGAUUACUUAUGGGAAGAAGAUAAGCUAUCAACUGAAAAUGGUUUUUACAUCUGGACAUGAAAUAAGUGCCCUAUGUAGAAUUUUUUUCAUUCUUAUAUUUUGUCAGAUCUGUCAUCUAGCUGAGUUCAUUUCAUCUCUCCCUUUUUUAUAUCAAGUUUGAAUUUGGGAUAAUUUUUCUAUGAUUAGGUACAGUUUAAAAAACUGUAUUAAGAAUUACAGUAUUGUUCCUCAAAAUAACAUCAAUCUAUUUUUGUAAGCCUCUUUGUACUAUUAAAUUUGGCCCUAAAAGACCUCUUAAUAAUGAUUAUUGCCAGUGACUGAUGAUUUUCUUUUUACUUAAAAUAAGAAGAGAAGCACUUGGAUUACAGCUGAAAAAUCAGAUUGUCUUGUAGUCCUUUCUUACACGAAUUUGAACUUUUAAAAAUCACUGUUGUCUUUCUUUUGGCAUUGUUAAUAAUGAAACCUAAUAGUAAAACAGUCAUCAUUUACUAC